GAGAAUAAAGCAAGUGGUAUUUGUGCUUGACUUCACCAGCAAGCAUACCUCAUGAGAACGCAAGGGCCAAAGUUGGUUCCAAUAUAUCUGAUAGUUCACACCAUCAGAGGCAACAUUCUCAUUUAACAAAGAAAAAACAACCAUAACUCUCUCUUCCUCUACUUCAAUAAACACUUUGCAGCACCCUCAUUUGAUAAAAUAAGAACAACAAAAACUAUCCCCUCCUCCACCUUAGUAAAAAUGACGGAGUUGGUCUCUUCUGUUGCGGAAAAAGUCACUGAGAAGCUAGGAUCCAUUGCUUACCAAGAGAUUAACUUGGCAUUGGGUGUUGAAAGCGAUCUGAAAAAUCUUGAGCUCACCAUGUCUGCCAUCCAAGCUAAGUUGUUGGAUGCCGAGGAGAGGCAAGCAAAAGAACGUGGGCUUAGUCUUUGGCUGGGGGAACUCAAAGAUGUGCUUUAUGAUGCGGUGGAUGUGCUGGAUGAAUUCGAGUGUGAAGCUCUACGGAAGCAAGUGGUGAAAACAUAUGGGAGCACUGGUAAAAAGGUACGCUGUUUCUUUUCGUGUUCUAAUCCACUUGCCUUCCAUUUUAAAAUGGGUAAUAGAAUGAAGGAGAUUAGAGAGAGGUUAGAAGGGAUAAAAAAGCUUAGUGAUCAAUAUAAUCUUCAAAAGAGGCAACCUAACGAUAAGCAUAUUGUCGUCAGGGAAACUCACUCCUUUAUCCUUGAUUCUGAUGUUAUUGGGAGGGAAAAAGACGAGCAAGAGAUAAUAGAUCUUCUGAUGCAACCGGGUGAUGAUGGUAAUGUUUCUGGGAUUCCAAUAGUUGGAAUUGGAGGUAUGGGCAAGACCACACUUGCCCAGAUAGUGUAUAAUGAUCAAAUGGUCAAAAGGAAUUUUCAUCAUAGAGUAUGGGUAUGCGUGUCAGAAGAUUUUGAUGUUAAAAGAUUGGCAAAAGAAAUCUUUAAGUCUGUAGCUCGUGAAAAUAGCGAGAACAUGCAUGUAGAUGAGAACAUGCGUCUAGAUGAAGUGCAAGCCAGUUUACGAAAUGUUUUGAAAGGGAAAAAGUUUUUAAUCGUUUUGGAUGACGUAUGGAAUGAGGAUCCUAGUGAAUGGAAUGACUUGAAAAUGUUGUUAAUAGAAGGUGCCAAAGGAAGUAAAAUUAUUGUCACUACACGUAGUCACAAAGUUGCGUCAGUGAUGACUCUUGGAUCCAUCCAUGAAUUGAAAGGUCUUCCUGAGCAAGACUGUCUGCGCUUGUUCUUAAAAUGGGGAUUUGAAAAAGGAAAGGACAAGCAAUAUCCAAAACUAGUAGAGAUUGGUAAAGAUAUUGUGGAAAAAUGCAGAUGUGUUCCUUUGGCUGUGAAGACUUUAGGGAGUUUACUUUAUUCUAAAAUUGAGGAGCGGGAUUGGAUCUCUAUAAGGGAUAAUGAGAUAUGGAAAUUGGAGCAAAAGGAAAAAGACAUUUUACUGGCAUUAAGAUUGAGUUACAAUAAAUUGCCAUCAUACUUAAAACAAUGUUUUGCUUAUUGCUCAUUAUAUCGAAAGGAUUAUAGAUAUACCAAUGGAGACUUAAUUUGGUGUUGGAUGGCAAAUGGGCUCCUUCAAAAGUCCAACAAAAGUACUGAAGAGUUGGAAGAUAUUGGAGAACAAUAUUUAAAAGAGUUGUUAUCACAAUCUUUCUUUCAAGAUGUUAAUAAUGAAGGCAAUAUUUUUUGGUCAUUUAAAAUGCAUGAUUUGUUACACGCUCUUUCGUUAUAUGUUGCACAAAAUGAUUAUUGCUUAAUUGAAGACACUAACAACGCCAACAAAUUUGAAAAGGCUAGACACGCUUCAAUUCUGGACCAUAAGUUGGGUGUUGAUGCAACAAUAACUCUUUUACACAAAUUGAGUAACAACAUGCAGACUAUUAAUUUCUCAUUUAAAUAUUGGCAAGAUGAGAGCCCUGGUAUUAAUAUUAAUGAAUCCUUGGUGAAAACAUGCAUCAUGAGAUUUAAGCACCUGCACUUGCUAAAUUUAAGAUAUUCAAAGUUGGAUACGUUGUCAAGCUCAAUUGGUACUUUGAAGCAUUUGAGAUAUCUCAACUUACAAGGAAAUAGGAAUAUCAAGAAAUUGCCUGACUCCAUUUGCGAUCUACAAAAUUUGGAAACUUUGAUAUUUUCUUGGUGUGAGGAGAUUGAAGAGUUGCCAAGGGAUAUAAGAAAUAUGGUUAGCCUCAGAUGUUUUGAAAUAACGACAAGACAAACGCGUUUACCCACCAACGGAAUCGAGUGCAUAUGUUCUCUUCGACAUUUGGUCUUUUACAAAUGUUAUAAACUAGAGUGUUUUCAUGAAGGAAUCCAGCGCCUCACCGCCCUUCGCUCCUUGGGCUUCUUUGGAUUUGGAAGCCUGAUAUCUUUGCCGCAAGGUAUGAAACACCUAACCGCGUUGGAAUCUCUGGUAAUUUCAGGUUGUGAAAAACUUAAUUUAAUGGAAGGGGAUGACUACCCGACGAGGCUUCGAGAACUUAGUGUUUGGGGAUUGCCACAAUUAGUGAGUUUGCCCCAAUGGCUUAAAGGAUUUGCCAACACUCUACAGUUUUUAGAUAUUUAUGGUUGUGAGAACUUGGCAGUAUUUCCGGAGUGGCUUCCAGAUCUCUAUUCACUUCGCAAGCUUCAGAUUCGGAGAUGUCGAAAAUUAUCGUCUCUGUCAGAAGGGAUGGAUAGCUUCACUGCCUUAAGAGAACUGAAGAUUGUUGGUUGUCCUAAAUUGAGGAGAGAUUAUGAGCGAGAGGUCGGCAAAGAUUGGGGCAAGAUGGUCAAAUUCACUUGGGAGUAUGAGUAGAUGUUCUUGGGAGAUUGUUCCUUGUGCUUAAAAUUGCAACUAGUGAGAUAUUUUUUUUAAAUUUUUAUUUUUCAAUGUUCAAUGUAAUGAUUCCAUUGGGUAUAUAUUUCAUAAUACCAGUGGAUUUUCUUCAAUUUAUACUCAUCUAAUGAUUCCAUGGUUUAAAAUGUUGCAGCUUAUCAAUUCAGCAAUAACAUGCAGCAUGGAAAGUCUCAGCCUUCUCUUGUAUUGUAAAUAAUUUUAAUAAUAUUGUGGUGUGAAUUAACUGUUGUAAUGGUUAAUGGAGUGAUGUGUGUUUAUAUUUAUGAUGUCAUUCAUAUUUCAUGCAUUAUCUAAUUUGCACAAUGUUUUAGUAACUUGAGUCGUGUGUUAUUGAUUGUUUAUCUCUGCUUCUUGGUUAUUGGAAUAACUCAAAUGAAACUCUUUGUUGUGCUAUAUCUUUUAAUUAAUUUUUUUUUUUUUUUUGAAUAUUGAUCUUUUGUCGUAUGGUGUAAAAUACCUAAUGGUAUUAGAAUAUUUGGUAGGCCAACAAUAUGAGAAGUUGAAUUUGAUGGAAGUGGAAGACUACCAAGAGGUUUGCUUUAGCCAUUAAUUGCUGGUUCCGAAUGUCAAUUUAUUAUGAAAUUUUGGUAUUUUAUACUUUCAGAAUUGUCAUAUCUAUAGAGGGGGAUGCAUGGCCUUAAUGCCCUAAGAGGACUGAAGACCGAAGAUUGUUCUAAAUCAAGAUGAAAAUUCUGAGGAGAUAUUGGUUUUCGUGGAAGAUUGUUCUAAGGAAAAGGGAUUCCUUUAGCUAAACAUCUUUUCCUGGUGAGAUGUCAGAGUUUUAAUGUGACGAAAUCCAUGAUGAUGUCAAAGCAACAAAGUGAGACAUUGAAUUAGCCAUCAAAUUAGCUUAGUGUCUCAUUGUGUGCCCUUUUUUGAAUCUGUCUUUCUUAUAGGUCACACACAUUUUCAUUGCAAUGGUUUAUAGCUCACGACAUGCACCUAUGAUUGUAGGAAACAGAUAGCAUAAGUAGAUCUCUAUGCUGUUGAAUUAUAAAAAAAAACAACAGCAUGGAGAUCUACUUAUGCUCUCUGUCAGUGAUGGAUGGUCUUGACCGUGAUUUUGACACAAUGAUUACUGGUGAACCUUGUGAUUAUAGGCACAAAUAUGUAAAGAUUAUACCAAGUUCUUGGCAUGUUAGGAUUGUCUUCUUGUUUCUUUUGGGUAUGAAUUAUCGGAGAUUAUUCAUUAAGAAAUA